CGUUAUGGCGGGCAAUGUGCUCUGAUUAAGGUAAACUACAGAGAAAAACAAUUUCAGUCCUGGAAAUUGAAAUGUUCGGUCAACAAAACCAGCAGAAUAAGCCUGUUGGCAUAUUUGGAGCUACGCCUCAGCUUGGCCAGAAUACGGGAGGGUUCAGUUUUGGUACACCCGCAGGAAGUACUGCCGCUUCGAGUUCAACUUCUUCGUCUGGCGGGUUCGCCUUUGCUGCACCAUCACAACAAUCAGGAUUUCAGUUUGGCUCAACUACCACACCAUCAGCCAUAAAACCUGGCGCCACAGGAGGCCUUACUUUUGGUGAGACACCUAGCACUACAGGAGGUUUCACACUGGGUGGAACACCUACAUCUCAGCCAGUGGGAUUCAGUUUUGGCACAAAAUCAAGUAGCAGUUUUCAGUUUGGUACACCAACAGCAACUGCAGCAACAACACAACAACCUGGGGGGUUUGCAUUAAAUUCUUCUUCAACAACUGGAAUUUCCUUUGGUACACCUGCCACAUCUUCUGGUCAAGCAGCUAGUGGUCGGUUUAGGUUGGGUGGAGCAGGAUCAGGCUUUUCAUUCAGCAGCCCUGCACCAGCAACCACAUCUGCAACAGGAGGCCUCUCCCUGGGUUCUACAUCCACUGCUGCUUCCUCUCAAUUAACUGGGGGCCUUACCUUUGGAAAACCAGUUGCUACAAGCACAGGGUUCAGCUUUGGUCAGUCCUCGGGCUUGACAUUUGGCACUCCAAACACUCAACAAAGUGGACUGAUAACAGGUGGUGGAGCACCAGUAGGGCUUACACAGGGGACAAACAAAACUACAGCACCCACAACAGCGACUCCGACUGUGGGUAUUUCACUUGGAGUUAAUGUGUCUUCUGCUCAGUCAGGACUGUCUUUUGGGGCAGUCACUGCAACAGCAUCUACUAGUAACCCUAGCACUCUACCUACGCUUGGGGCUACUGCCCCAGCAACUACCACUGGUGGAUUUUCUCUUGGAAACAACCUCAAAUUAGGUGGCACUGCAGCUGCCCCAGUUAGUACUGGGUUGUCUUUCAAUCUACCAUCUGCAACACGUACUUCAGCAACACCAAGUUCAGGGUCAUCAUUUGGAUUAACUACAACCGCAGCACCUAGCACAGCCAGCAGUUCAGUCUCCACAGUUCCCACUCUGAGUACAAAGCUUUCAGGAAUAGGCACAACUGCUGUUACGACUGCUUCAGGGUUACCUGCAUCCGGACCAUCAGGACUAAAAUUUAGCACUCUGCAAACAACAUCAUUAUCAACUGCGACAACGACAGUGGCUUCAGCACCUGGAACCAUAGCUAGCACAGCAAGCUCCUCUGCACCUGGAGCUGGAGCUCCUAGCAAUGUACCACAAUUGACUUAUAAACAGCUUGAAGAACUCAUUAACAAGUGGGCUUUGGAACUAGCAGACUAUGAAAAAACGUUUUUGGAUCAGGCAGCACAAGUGAAUUCAUGGGAUAGGCUUCUUAUGGAAAAUGGAGAAAAGAUCACUGAGCUUAAUGCUGGUGUGGAGAAUGUUAAAGCAGAACAAAAAAGACUUGAUCAAGAGUUGGACUUUAUUAUGGCCCAACAACAAGAACUGGAGGAAAUGUUGAAGCCAUUGGAAGAUGCUGUAAGUUCAAGCAACUCAGGCAGCAGGCAACUCCAGCAGGCUGAUAAGGAGAGGGACUUCACGUACAAAUUGGCUAAAGAUGUUGAUGGACAGUUAAAGCAAAUGGUGCAAGAUCUCAAAUCAAUCAUUGAACAUCUUAAUACUGCAAAUACUCAGCAACAGGACUCAGAUGACCCUAUUGCACAGAUUGCCAAGAUUUUGAAUGCACACAUGAAUUCACUACAGUGGAUAGAUCAAAAUUCAGGAAUCCUUCAGAGAAAGGUUGAAGAGAUUUCUCGCCUCAGUGAAACAAGGAGAAAAGAACAGGAAAGAAACUUUAGAUUGGCAUUUGAUUGAUAAUUUCAUAACUUCUCAACUCUUCCAAUACAAGUUGUACAACAUAUCAGCUAUUGUAAUGUAUAGUGUUUAACUUUACACUGCUGUCGGCAUAAUGGGUCAUUUUAGGUAUGAGAUGGAAAAAUGAGCUGGGAACCUGUGAGAAGAAAAAUUGAUGAGUGUCUUGUCUUGUAGCUUUACCUUGUGGUUUCACAGUUUUCCUGUCUCUCUAUAUAUUUUGAAGAUUCCUACCAUCCUUACCAUAAGCUAGGCAAGCAUAAUAGUAGAACUGUCAUAUGGUGUUAGUAUCCUAACAAGUCAGUAGAUUACAAGGCUUCAACUAUUCUUUUUUAAUAGAUUAAACAGUCAACUUUUGUUGCCAGUCAA